AUGAAUGAUAUAAAUAUAGGUGUCCUCAACGCGAUGAGUGGUGGUCCUAUUAAUAGUGGAAUGCCCAUGAUGAAUAAUUGUGCACCUGGAGGCCGUCCAUUAAUGCCAAUAAAUAAUGAUCAACGAUCACAGCUAAACACCUACAUAUACGAAUAUUUUUUGCGAAACGGCAUGUAUGAGUGCGCUAAAGCACUGCUUGAAAGUGGUCAACCCUUAAAUGUCAUAAAAGACGGUUCUAGUAGGCGUCGCGACGACAACGGCGCUGGUGAGGAAGCAGGCGAAGAUUCAAAAGAUGACUUUGACCCCAAAAGACCCAUUGAUCUCCCAGAUCCAAAUGUACCAAAAGAGUGCUCCGAAAGUUGCUUUUUAUACGAAUGGUGGUGUCUUUUUUGGGACAUGUUUAACGCUCAGCGUGGUAAAGCUGAGGGCCGCAAUGUUUUGCAAUACUUUACUCAUACACAGGCACAAUCUCGAUCAAAACAAGAGCAACAGCAAAUGAUGCUGCGUGGCUUAAGAAAUGACAUGAGCUACUCUCAAGGGUUCAACCCCUUAAGAAACCCUCAAAAUUUAGGAAUGGCCGUCAAUCCUCAACAUGAACUACGACAGAUUGCUCUCCAGAAUAAUAGAAAUGCGACACCGGCUCAUAUUCAAAUGAUGCAACAACAGCAUCAAAAGCAGCAGCAGCAACAACAACAACAGCUUCAGCGUGAUCCCUCAGUUAAUGAGAAUCAACCACGUCCACAGUCACCAACGGCUGAUAAUGCACCUUCGCCCUCAAAAAGACCUCGUCUUGAUGGAGCUAAUUUCAAUUCUCAGUCCCAGAUGCCUAACGGCCGGGCCCAAGGUGGUGCAAAACCCCAACAGUUUCAAAACAUGCAAGGUGCUCCAGCUGUUGCUGCCCAGAGACUUGCAGGAUAUCAGGCGAGCCUAGGACAACAGCAGCAGUCGCAAAUGCCAAAUGUUAAGGCCAUUCCCAAUUCAACAGGAUCGCAAGGACGUGCAUCGCCUAUGAUGGCUCAAGGCCAACAAGAUGGUAAUAGCAUUGCCAACUACUAUAACACCGGAGAAGUUGGCCCGAACGGAAUACGUGGUGUUCCAGGCGGUCAGCCCGUAAAUGGUGGUAACCAUGCACUCCAAGAUUAUCAGAUGCAACUUAUGCUCUUAGAGCAACAAAACAAAAAAAGACUUAUGAUGGCACGGCAAGAGCAGGACAACAUGAUGCCUCGGCCAGAGGGAGGGCAGGGACUUCCAGGAGCUGGACCGAAUGGUCAGUCUUUUCAGGGAACAUCACCUCAAGGUAAUAGAUCAGCCAACUCUCCAAAUCCAGGCGAACAACUAAAACGCACGCCGCACAUGAACUCGGCAGGAAUGCCGUCUCCCCUACCGGAAGGGCAAACUCGCGGUUCACCCAGUAGUAGCCUUAACUUUAAUCUUCCAGGAGCCCAAAUGGAUCCUGGAAUGAGUUCGCAAUACUUUGCAAAAGGCAAUAGUAUGGAUCCAAACCUUGUUGGCAGCGUUCCCAACGCUAUGCGGCCCCCUAGCUCACACCCUAAUAAUUUUAAUCAAAUGACACCGCAAGCACAAAUGGCUCUAGCCGCCCGGCAGCAGCAGGUACAACAACAGCAGCAAGCACAGCAACAACAUGCACAACAACAACAUGCACAACAACAGCAUGCCCAUCAACAGCAUGCUCAACAGCAACAGGCGCAUCAGCAACAGGCACAACAGCAACAGGCCCAGCAACAAGCCCAACAUCAAGCUCAGCAACAAGCUCAACAGCAACAGCAAAACUGGCAACCAGGACCGAAUGGACAACCGAUGAUGGCGCAGCCCCCUCAGGGCCAGGCAGGCUCUCAACAAACAAUUGGCACACCACAGCAACGUAACAUGCCUCCUCCCUCGAUGACUGCAGCUGGUGUCACGACAAACACGAAUGGGCGGACCCCCCAGGCAACUGUAUCCCCUGGGCAGACGCCAGCCCCUCCAACCCCACAGCAAGCAAAUAAAGCGAACCCGAAGAAAAAGGCGGAGACGAAGGAUAACAAAUUGAAGCGGGCACAAAAGAAGGGAUCUGCCGCAAAUCUCAACGCUGGCGCUACGCCAUCUGCUGACGCCGAAGCUACGGGCGCGACUCCAACUCCAGCGACUCCGAUGACACCUGUACACAAGCAAAGCUUUAAUGGCAACCAAAAUGGUACCGUUCAACCGGCAUCAAACGGACAGGCCACUAAUCAAUCUAAUAAUAUUGGUAUGGCACAACAACCUGAUCCACUUCAAGGUGGCGGAUUCGGAUUAGCGGACUCUGCGUUUCCAAAUUUCGACACUUCUCUUGACUUUGCCAAUCCUGGUAAUGGUAACAUGGAUGUGCUUCAAGAUUUCGACUUUGACUCUUUCCUGCAUCAAGACGCUGGUGACGCUGUAAACGACUUCAAUUUUGAUACGUCUGGCUUUCUAGAUGGGAAUGAGAUUGGCGCCGAUUAA